ACGACUUUCGUCCACAUCACUCUUACCGCUUGCACCUGCCGGACCUACCCGACGUCUUGUACACCACACUCUACGCUUUCUACACACAAAGACAGAAAAAUAUUCUUGGAGCCCGAACCAGGACCCAGUUCUGCAAAAUCUAGUUGACACGCAAGCGCCAUCAGACUUGGUAUACUCAACACGGGUUUCGCCGGUCUAGAAACCCCUCAACACCCCAAAUUCUCCACAACAGCACCCAGCGUCUUCACUACAUCGUCGCCUGGAGAAGACAAACGUCCACCCAUGUCCGCCUACAAAGGCCAGCGAGGGCCCAACGUGUCCCAGUAUAUCGCGAAUCUCAAUCAGCUGUCGCCGCAGCAGGAUUUGCUGUCGGACCCGGCACCCGCUGAGGACUUCUCCGACUUCCUCAACGCCGAUUUUCUAGACGUGAACAACACGCAGAACGCCAGCGCCGACUUCGAUAUCAGUUUUGACAACGAGCCAUCACAGCCUUCAAAGGCAAACGGAGAAUUUCUGCGUAACCCAAGCACAGGCGUCGACGCAAACAUGGACUUCAAUCUGAAUGGCGACUUCCCGUUUACCGACUUCAACAACUUUGGCGCAAGCACAGCCUUCGACCCGUCGAUGCCAUUGUCGCACACUCAGCCUAGCCACUACCCAAUCGCACACAACUACGGGUCGCCGACAUCAUCUUUGUCUCCGAUCGCGCAAGGCUUUGACCAGGCCUCGAAGAAGCGCAAGCUUGACAAUGUCGCUCCAGUCAUGCCACAGCAGUCGCUUGACGAGAACGCUCGCAUUGCCGCAGAGGAGGACAAGCGUCGCCGUAAUACGGCCGCAAGCGCCCGCUUCCGCAUCAAGAAGAAGCAGCGCGAGCAAGCGCUCGAGCAGUCGCAAAAGGAGGCGCAAGAGAAGGUGGCCAAGCUAGAGGCCACUAUCCAGCAACUACAGACGGAGAACGCAUGGCUCAAGGGUCUGAUCACGGAGAAGAACGGGGGCAAGAGCACCACGGACGAACUCAAGGCACUCAUCAACAAGCGCGAGAACGCUGUCAGCGAACGGAGUAGCUCUACGCACACAGAUGGCGUGGGUACCAAGGCAGAGAAGCCAAAGGUGGAUGCCUAAAUUCUCUUCUCUGCUUGUCUGUUUUGAAUUGAUGUUUACUACUGCACUGCUUCAAAAGGCUGAGUGGUUGUUGUCACGAGGUGGCUAGUCCAAGUAUGCGAUGAUGAUUUUAUGGCGUGGAGAGAGUAGGCGUAUAUACCAAGGUCCGACAUAUAUUGCAAGUCUGUUCAAAUGUAUCAAGAUUCGUUUGCUUCACGAUUGCGGCCUGGAUGUGAUGUGCGCUUGACGACAGGACAUGCCUGUCAUGGACCAGGUAGCCAAAGUCCAGAAGACGAGAACACGUCAACCCUUGUACAUACUGCAGUUACAUGCGAAGUGCAGUUGCGCCUUGUUCAUGGAUAAAGUCACAAAAUACUAGGUAUCAAUUCGCCAUAUUGACAUGAAGAAGCGCAAGACUAUGCCCAUGCAGGUUUCAAACGCCAAUUACCGUGAGGAGAAGAAUAGAGACAGCACUCAAACGGUAUCCAAGCCAACUCGCCAUCACUUCUCACCAUCACUCAACAAGCUGUUGACAUAACUCUCGCUCGCGCCCUCCUUCUUCGCAAAAGUCUGCGCCCUCGCACCCGGCGCAUUUGUCAAACGCCUGCUCGGCAAAUGCGCCCAUCCCUCAGCGUUGCGGACGCUAUUAUUCUAGAUAGCAAUCCAUGUGAUGGUGAUGACAAUGUCCAUGCCCUUCUUCUCGGCCGCCUCCCACUUGUAGCUGUAUGUGCCAUCCUUCUCGUUGUUCCAGAAGGCGCCGACAGCGCUGUGCAUGCCGCGACGGCCGUGCUUCUCAGGUUCCGCAGGAGAGCCAAUGUGUUGGAUUACGGUGCUGUUGGCGAUGUACUUGUAAGGGGGUUGCGACG